CCCUACGUCACUAGCCUGCUCCUGCGCCUGCGCGAGUCGUCAUGCUGUCAACCAGAUCUCUGGGUCUGGUCUUGCUACCGCUAGGGUACCUCCGGAGGUGGCCAGGGUUCGGGGCCUGUCCAUUUCUCCGCCGCCUUGGGCAAGAGCCCUUCGAGAGAGCCCGGUUACAGUGUUGCAAAUCCUCGCCUAGAGACGCGCGAGAUGGAGAGCGCGAGGCGGCAGAGAGGAAGGCCUCGGGCGCAGAGUCGCCUCCAUCUCUCCCUCCGCGCGUCAGGGGACUUGGGGCCAGAUGUCUUUCGUCCCUGGAAAGCCUCAGACUGCCGACGCCGCAAGAGGAGUCACCCCCUCGAGAGCGCGAGGGCUCGAGUGGAGACCAGGGCCAGUCGGGUCCCGCACACCGGGGGUCCGGGGGUCCCUCACUGCCCGCCUUGGCCCAGUCUGCCACCAAGGACGAAGAACUUCAUGUCUCCUCUUCCUGGUCAGCUUCCAGAGAGGUGCCUUUUCGGGCUGGGGAGCUGAUUUUAGCAGAGACUGGAAAGAGAGAAACACAAUUUAAAAAAUUAUUCAGGUUGAGCAACGCCGGACACUUAAAUAGUAGCUGGGGGGCAGUCCCGUUCAGCGAGAUCGUGGGGAAGUUGCCCGGCCAGAUACUGAGGAGCUCCUCUGGUAAGCACUUCAUGCUGAGAAGGCCAGCAUUGGAAGACUAUGUAUUACUGAUGCAAAGAGGGCCUGCCAUAACAUAUCCUAAGGAUGUGACCAUGUUGCUGUUGAUGAUGAAUAUCCACCCUGGUGAUACUGUUUUGGAAGUUGGCUCGGGCUCUGGUGGAAUGAGCUUAUUUUUAUCCAAAGCAGUUGGAUCACGAGGACGAGUCAUAAGUUUUGAAAUUCGAAAAGACCACCAUGAACUGGCUAAGAAGAAUUACAAACGCUGGUGUGCUUCAUGGAAAAUGAGUCAUGUAGAAGAGUGGCCAGACAAUGUGGAUUUUAUUCAUAAGGAUAUUUUAGGAGCAACUGAAGACAUAAAAUCUUUAACAUUUGAUGCGGUAGCUUUGGAUAUGUUGAAUCCUCAAGUUGCUUUGCCUGUUUUAUACCCAAAUCUUAAACAGGGUGGUGUAUGUGCUGUGUAUCUAGCAAACAUCACACAGGUUAUUGAACUUUUAGAUGGAAUUCGCAUCUGUGAACUUGCCCUCUCAUGUGAAAAGAUAAGUGAAGUUAUUGUCAGAGAUUGGUUGGUUUGCCUUGCAGAACAGAAAAAUGGAAUUUUAGCUCAAAAAGUGGAACCUAAAAUCAACACAGAUUUACAAUUACAUUCUCAAAAGAAAAUUAGAAUUGAAGGUGAGAUCUUUCAAGAUGACGACCAUGAAGAAUCACAUUCUGAUUUUCCCUAUGGAUCAUUUCCCUAUAUUGCUAGACCUAUACACUGGCAAAUUGGUCAUACAGCUUUUCUUGUGAAGUUGAGGAAGUGCAAACCACAACUUAACUGAGUACCUCAGAUCACAAGUGAUUUGAAGACUUGAAGAAAAGUAUCAAAAUAGAACUUUAUAUUAUUACUACUUUCACAGAUUGGUAUUUUUAGCUACUACGAUUUGUGUAACUUUUACAUGUAAUUUUGAAAAGUAACAAAUACUAGAGAAAGAUGUGUAUCAUUUCAAAACUGCUUAAAUGUCCCAUUUUGACACUUGUCUUGCAGUUAGUUUGACAUUUUGUAGUAAAUGAUUCCAAGUUAGUUUAGUAGAGCCAUCUCAUUCUUCACUUCCUGUAAACCACUCCAUAGAUUUGUCUUUCUUCAUGAAAUUAGUUUUCUUUUCUUUGUUUGAUUGAUGGUCAUUGGCUACCAAAAUAAAAUAUGCAUUUUAAGAUAAAUUUUAUGUAUCUAUGUAUUUUAAAUACAUAUUUUAAUGGCUUGUAUGUGUCUUAAAAAAUAACAAAUCUGGACUAUAGUAAAUAAUGGGGGAAAACUGAUAAGAAUGAUAUAGCUAUCUUAAAAAUUGUAACAAAAGAUGUAGCAACUCUUGAAUCUCUUUUAUCUUUCUCAGAAUCAUUUUAACAUUUUGAAAGAACAUCAGAAUUAUUCUCUUGUUAUAUAAAUCAAAUAUAUGGGGAGUUCCCUGGUGGUCCAGUUGUUAGGACUCAGUGCUUUCACUGCCGUGACCCAGGUUCAAUCCCUGGUCAGGGAACUAAGAUCCCCCAAGCUGCGUGGCACAACCACAAAAAAAUGUUUGGAGAGAUGCACUUUAUAAAUAUAAAUUAAUUAGGACUAGGGCUUAUUAUUAUUCAUAGGCACCAUGAAUAAUGUUAUUUAGCAUUUAUCAUGUGCUUUACAUUGUGUUAAGAACUUUAUAAUAUGUUUUCAUUUAAUAUGUGUAGCUCAUCCUUAAAGAUAUCCAUAUUUUACAGAUAAACAUAAGCUUAGAAUUAUUAUUUACAUAUAGAUGUUUUAUACGUUUUGAAGUAGUAGUGCCUGGGAGGAUAAAUGCUACUUAUCCCUUAGGCUAGAACUACUUAAAAUAAUAUAUAUAUUCUAAAUAACAUUUUACAUAUUUUUCAUUCUGUGGGAAAAUUUAGUCUAAAAUCUCUGCCUUUUUAGACUUUACAGCCUAGAGAUAGACAGACAUUAAAUAAUCACACAAAUAUAAAACUAAAACUGUUAUAAAUACUUCAUAGAAGUACAGAGUAUAAUAGAGGCUUUGCUCUGGUCAAGUAAUUACCUGUGCAAGUGUCAAUUGAGCUGAGACCUGAAGAAUAGAUAAGAGUUAACUACAGCAGGGAAAAAGAGAACAAAAAAAGGCCAGUGAUGGGGCUGACUGAAAGAGACUGGAAAGGUAGG